CUCGCCACAGUGCACAGUGCUCCAGCUGCGAGCACGUGGUAGCUAACAUUCAGCCUCUUCCAGGAGACGCUUUUCCAGAGUGAGAAAAAAGAAACAUUCCGUGAACUACCUACCGGGAGGGAGACGGAGCGCUUUCCUGAACAUGCCAGCCCAGGGCUUUGGCUUUAGUGCAGCUGGUGCCACCGUGCUUAUCCUUUUCUUAAAGGUACAAACCUCUGUACCAGCACCACUUAAUGGAUCAAAGUGGACCUAUGAUGCUCCUCAGGCAUCCUGCUGCUCCCCGGGCUCAAAAAGCAGCCCAGCAGAAGGAGCUCGUGAUGAGCAGCGCCUGCUUUGGCCCUUGUCCUCAAGAAGCUUACAUUCUAUCAAAGGAGGCAAUGGGAAUAUAAGUAAAUACAAAGAUCAGAAAGUUCAAAUUCCAGGUUUUAACAUCCAAGACCUUCUUCCUGAGAACAUACAUGAAUACUACCGCUACCAAGGUUCUCUGACCACUCCACCUUGUUUCCCCACCGUGCUCUGGACUGUUUUCCGAAACCCUGUCCAAAUCUCCCAGGACCAGCUGCUGGCUCUGGAGACAGCUCUGUAUUGCACCCACAUAGAUGACCCCUCACCUCUGGAAAUGAUCAACAAUUUCCGAAGAGUCCAAAAGUUUGAUGAAAGGCUUGUACGUGUCUCCUUCCACCAAGAGCAAGACUUUUCCUACGCAGGACUGAGUAUGGGAGUCAUCCUCUCGGUGGCAAUAGCUGGGGUUCUAGGAGUCGCCGUCAUCCUGGCGUUAUCAAUUUGGCUUCUCCGAAGGAAGAAGAGCAGCAAGAAAGAAGAUAACAAAGGAGUUAUUUACAAACCUGCCCUCAAGAAGGAGGCUGAAAUCAAUCCCUGAGAACACUAGAACUUCUUCCAGGCCCUUCAUCCAGGGGAAGACCCUUACCCUGGACUGUUUGGGGCCACUAGGCAUUCUCCAGAGCAGAUCAACCAACCGCUACUAUUAGUCUUAUUGUUUUGAUGUGACUCAAGUACUGAGCCAGUUGUAAAAAGUCAUCUCCUUAAGUUUUUACUCUUUGUAGCAUCAACAAGGAGAGUUUUCAUAUCAGUAAGCAUGAACACUGAGCUGUUUGACAAAUCUAGGCAAGACACUGAAAUGAUCUGGGUUCUGGAGCCACCGUGGUACCCAGGCACCCACGAGGCUCAAGAGAAGAGUAGUACGCUAUUCUGGAUAGAUUAGCCCAACCAAAUUCUGCUAAGGAGUCUACAAUACCUUCAAGAUAACUUUACAGGGUCACUAGACUAUGUAUUAGGGACUUAUGUGUCAUGCUAUGCCCUUGCCACUUAUUUUAAAAAAUAGAGUGUAGGUAGAGCAUUUGUUUUUUUUACCUUUCCCUUUUAUGACCUGCAUAGCACUAAAGAGUAUUAAGGUGAAAGCCCUAAAAGAGGCAGAGAACAGACCUCUAACUUUAGUCACAGACUUGACAUUUUCAGUAACUGCUCUUAUUUUCAUAACCUUCUAAAUCUCACGACAAAGAAUGUAUUUGUUGGGGAAUGCAUUUGUUCCUUAAACCUCACUUGAAAGGUCUGUGAACCUCUUGUUAUUAUAGAUUAGGUCUAGAAUGGGAAGUACUACAGAGGCCAUCUAAUGCCACCUCCUAAUUUUAUAGGUGAGGAAACGUAGGCCCAAGGAGAUUAGUGACUUGUCCAAAGUUACCUGGAUAGUCAGUAUCCUAGGCAAGAUUUGAAUCCAGAUCUUCUGACUUCAGAGCCAGUUCCCUUUCCUCUGUGUUCCCGUUAAGCUAUAAUGAACAGUCGUUUUUUAAGAUUUGAUUUGUGGGUAUCAUUUCCCCUCUGGGCAGGAAGAGUUUUCCUUCAUUCUAUUCCUUUUGUACCAUGGCAAAUUAUUCACACAUAGCAUAGCAUAGAGAAGAUGUGGGGCAAGAAAAAUUAUGCUUUUCUGCACAAAAAGGCAAAUGAGGACUGAUCUUGGAUGUUAAUGCCUACAUACUAAUUAACUGUAGAAUCUUGACUUUCCAGAGAACAAGCACUGAGUUAGGGACCCUGAUCCUGGGUUUGGGCAAGGAUGUGGCCAAGAUUUAAGUGUUUUUUGUAUGUGUGAGGGGAUAGAUAAACCUAGGAUGGAUAGUGGUACUCAC